GCGAAUGCAAUUGCAGAAACAGUUGAAGAAAAAUCAGCAAAGGUAGAACUUCAAAAAUUAAACAAUUCAUCUAAUUUAUAAGAAUAAUUAAAUACUUUCGCUUAAAAAUGGAUAUUAAUGGUGUCAGCUCGCCCAAUCAAAUUGGUGGAAAUGAUAUUCGUGUGCAGGCAUCCAAAACAUUCGGUGACGAAAAGGCCAAUGCGACAGUAGGCGCCUUUGCUGCCGGCAGCACUUUGGGCGGCUCAGUGGUGACGGGCACUUUUGCGCAGGCAAGUGCCAACGGCCAUGGCUUAUCGGUACAACGCGCGCAUACGCCCGGCAUUGGCAGCACCUUAUCUGCUGGUGCUCAUGCCAAUCUCUUCAAGAAUGAUACGCAUGCCGUCAGCGCUACUGCUAUGCACUCUCGAACACAAUUGCAAAAUGAUUUGAAAUUCGAUCGUUCCAGCAUCGGUGUGGGCUAUAAUCACGCACAGGGUCAUGCCGCCGCAGUGACCGCUUCUCGGAUACCACAAUUCAAU